GGUCCUAGGUGGGACACGUGCGCGAGGAAGUGGCUCUGCCUGUGCGCGCGGCUUUCGGGGGUCUCUCAACGUGGAGCUAUGGGAGGUCUGGAGAAGAAGAAGUAUGAACGAGGCUCUGCCACCAACUAUAUCACCCGAAAUAAAGCCCGGAAGAAGCUGCAGCUGAGCCUGCCUGAUUUCAGGCGGCUGUGUAUCCUGAAAGGCAUUUAUCCCCAUGAGCCCAAGCAUAAGAAGAAAGUAAAUAAGGGCUCCACAGCAGCCCGAACAUUUUACCUCAUCAAAGAUAUUAAAUUCCUCCUCCAUGAGCCCAUCGUCAACAAGUUCCGAGAAUACAAGGUGUUUGUUCGGAAGCUGCGCAAAGCCUAUGGAAAGAGCGAGUGGAAUGCUGUGGAGCGCCUGAAGGACAACAAACCCAACUACAAACUUGACCACAUCGUCAAGGAGCGGUACCCCACUUUUAUCGAUGCUCUGAGGGAUCUUGAUGAUGCCCUGUCAAUGUGCUUCCUCUUCUCCACCUUCCCACGGACAGGGAAGUGCCAUGUGCAGACCAUUCAACUGUGUCGCCGACUCACUGUGGAGUUCCUGCACUAUGUCAUUGCUGCCCGAGCCCUGCGCAAGGUCUUCCUGUCCAUCAAAGGCAUUUACUAUCAGGCUGAGGUGCUGGGCCAACCCAUCAUAUGGAUUGCACCCUAUGCUUUCUCCCAUGAUCAUCCUACGGACGUGGACUACAGGGUCAUGGCCACCUUCACUGAGUUCUACACCACUCUCCUGGGCUUUGUCAACUUCCGCCUCUACCAGUCACUUAACCUUCACUACCCACCCAAGCUUGAAGGUCAGGCCCAGGCAGAGACAAAGGUCAGCGAGGACACAUAUGCUCUGGACUCUGAGAGCUCUAUGGAGAAACUAGCAGCCCUCAGUGCCAGCCUGGCCCGAGUGGUGGUGCCUACUACAGAGGAGGCUGAGGCCGAUGAGUUUCCUAUUGAUGGGGAGAUGACAGCACAGGAGGAAGGUCGCAGGAAAGAGCUGGAGGCACAGGAAAAGCACAAGAAACUCUUCGAAGGCCUAAAGUUCUUCCUGAACCGAGAGGUGCCCCGUGAAGCAUUGGCCUUCAUCAUCAGGAGUUUUGGUGGGGAUGUAUCCUGGGACAAGUCUUUGUGCAUUGGAGCCACCUAUGACGUCACAGACUCCUGCAUCACCCACCAGAUUGUUGAUCGGCCUGGGCAGCAAACCCCCGUCAUUGGCAGGUACUACGUACAGCCCCAAUGGGUGUUUGACUGUGUGAAUGCCCGGCUCCUCCUCCCUGUGGCAGAGUACUUCCCUGGGGUGCAGCUGCCACCACACCUUUCACCCUUCGUAUCUGAAAAGGAAGGAGAUUACAUUCCCCCUGAGAAGCUGAAGCUGCUGGCUCUGCAGCGGGGAGAGGACCCAGGAGACUUGAAAGAGGAAGAUGAGGAUGAGGACGAUGAAGAUGAUGACAAUGAAGGUGAUGGUGAUGCGGGGGAAAAUGAGGAGGAGGAAGAUGUAGAAGCUGAUUCAGAGAAGGAGGAGGAGGCGCACCUGUCAGCCUUGGAGCAGCAGCGUCUGGAAGGGAAGAAGCCCCAGGUGGUGGCCGGUACCGUGAAACUGGAAGACAAGCAGCGACUGGCCCAGGAGGAGGAAAGUGAGGCCAAGCGCCUGGCCAUCAUGAUGAUGAAAAAGCGGGAGAAGUACCUCUACCAAAAGAUCAUGUUUGGCAAACGGCGCAAAAUCCGAGAGGCCAACAAGCUGGCGGAGAAAAGGAAAGCCCAUGAUGACGCUGUGAGGUCUGAGAAAAAGGCCAAGAGGACAAGGCCUGUGUGAGCUCCAGCCGUUCCUCCCUGGGAGCUGGACAUCGUCACUGGGAGCUGGACAUGGCAGCAGCUAGUGGGAUGCACACGCACCUGAGCACCAGCCCAGCACCCUCAUACUCUGGUUGUGUGUGGCCAGUCCUAGCUUCCAUGAAGUUCAUGCCGGUGUCUGGACAAAGCCCAGUUCUUCCUCCAGGAGUCUGACUGAUAUCCUCAUUCUUUUCAGCUUUCCACAGCCUCCUACACAGCUGUGCCCAUAAUUCUCAGGGUGCUGUUGUGGAAUAAGGGUGGGGAGCUCUUGUUAUUAAAUGGCUGAACUUUUGCAGCCAGUUAGAUUCUGUGUUCAGAAGCCUCCCUGGGUUGGAAAGGAGUCACCUGGACAAACCCAGAUGGGUCCAGGCACACUCAGAACUAUGGGUCCAGGGAUCCGAGGAGGGACACAGACUCUGCGUUUGGGUUUCAUAGUCGCACUGGCCUGAUUCCUGUUUCAGCUAAUGUUCUGAAACCUUCCCACAAGCAGUGUGCUGAGGGUUCACUCGUCUAGUCAUGGUCUAUAAACAUCAGCUGGUUUGUACUUCCUGCUGGAGCUCAUCAGAAGGUGAAAGGUGUCUUAGGGAUUCUAUUGCUGUGAUAAAACAUGAUCAAAAGCAAGUUGAGAGCUUGUUUGGAGGUUCUAGCAGGGGAGCACAGCUACUCGUAUACCCUUGAUCGAAUACAGGUCCUCCUCUAUUCGGGCUGGAGAGAUGGCUCAGCGAUUAAGAGCACUGCCUGCUCUUCCAGAGGUCCUGAGUUCAAUUCCCAGCACCCACAUGGUGGCUCACAACCAUCUACAAUGGGAUCUGAUGCUCUCUUCUGGCACACAGGUGUACAUGCAGAGAGCACUCAUACAUAAAAUUAAAUAAAGUUUUAAAAAAAAGUUGAGGAGGAAAGGGUUUAUUUGACAUAUACUUCCAUAUUCCUGUUCAUUACUGAAGUCAAGACAGGAACUCAAAAUAGGAAGGAUCCUGGAGGCAGGAGCCUCGAUGCAGAGGCCAUGGAGGGUGCUGCUUACUGACUUCCCAUGACUUGCUCAACUCACUUUAUCUCACAUUAGAAAUAUAAAUAACUUUAAGUUUCCCACAGUCUUUACAAAUUUAAAUACCUUAAAAUUUCAGUCCCUUUAAAAAUAGCCUCUCUUUUAAAAGUCUCUCAACUGUGGGUUCCAGUAAAGUACUUUCUUCAAGAGAGAAAAAAAAUAAGAGCACAAUUAAUUCAAAGCAAAUCCAAAUUCCAACCGCCCAAUAUCUGGGAUCCACUCGAUCUGAUCUUUUGGACUCAUCCAGAGGACUGGAGUCUUUCUCAGCUCCACCCUCUGUAGCACGGUUUGUCUUCUAGGCUCUAGCUGCUGCUGGCGGUUUUCCCCUUGCUACUGGCAUCUCUCACCAAUAGCCUCUCAUAGUAGGCUGUCUUCAUGGUGCCAAAAUUCAACUUCUUUGCAUGACCCCUUUAGCCUGGGCCUUUAAUUACUAGUGAGACCUCACCUUCACCAGUGGCCUCUCACAGUGCCAAGCUUCAGCUGCUUUCCAUGACCCUCAUGCCUUCAAGUCCAGCUGCCAACAUGAGGUACAACCAUGGGCACCCCUGGAACAGCUUCUCUGUGCCAUCAGGAAACACUUUGAGAAGCUUUCAUGAGAGAUGCUGGUCUCUCUCUGUGUAUAUGUGUGUAUGUUUUCAAGAUAGGGUUUCUCUAGCCCUGGCUGCCCUGAAACUCAGAGAUUUACCUAUCUUUGCCUCCUAAAUGCUGGAAUUAAAGGCAUGCGCCACAACCACCUGACUUUGGUCUCUUAAUCACUGCUAAUUCCUUAGCUCCGGCUAACCAGCAUUCUUUUUUCAAACUGUCAGAUUCCACUUCCUGGCCCCUAAAGGCUUGUAGCCAUAUCAUAAUGCAAAAAUGCAUUCAGUCCAACUUCAAAAGU